CUGCACCUGCACCUGCACCUGCGCUUUUGUCCCUCCGGUGCGGACCUUGACUCCAAGGGAGACAGGUGACGUUCGAUCGGCUCGUCAUGGCCUACCCGGGAUACGGAGGAGGGUUUGGAGAUUUUAGUGUUCAGAUACCAGGAAUGCAGAUUCAGAUGGGCCAAUCAGUGCCAGGAACAGGUCCAAAUAUGCUCCCUGGUGGUUAUCCUGGGUACCCAGCAUAUUCGGACAGUUAUUCUCCAGCUGAUGAUUCCAUGUGGACUUACUUCACUGCUGUGGCUGGACAGGAUGGUGAAGUGGAUGCUGAAGAACUUCAGAGAUGUUUGACACAGUCUGGGAUUAGUGGAACUUACUCUCCAUUCAGUUUGGAAACCUGCAGAAUUAUGAUUGCCAUGUUGGAUAGAGAUUACACAGGAAAAAUGGGGUUUAAUGAAUUCAAGGAUCUUUGGGCAGCUCUUGAUGCCUGGAAGCAGAACUUCAUGACUUUUGAUCAAGACCAAAGUGGCACAGUAGAACAUCAUGAAUUGAGUCAAGCCAUUGCUGUUAUGGGUAAGAAUAUUAAAAUUUUUUAGAGUCUGUUCAGCUCAUCUUUGUUCUUCGAUUGGAUGAAUCUUAAUUGCCUCAGUUUACUAAAUAAAAGAAUAUAUUUUUCAUCAGUAGUUCAAGGUUUAGGUAAAUUCUGACUAGAGACUUUAAUAAAAUAUUAUUAUUAUUACAAUGGUGUAGAUCCAACCCGUGGCCUUGCACAUGCUAAGCAAGUUGCUUUACCAUUGAUCCACAUACC